AUGUCGUUCACCGAGAAUCAAGACAUGUCGGUGAAAGCUCAAGACAUGUCGGUGAAAUCUCAAGACGUGUCGGUGAAUUAUCAAGACAUGUCGGUGAAAUCUCAAGACGUGUCGGUGAAAUAUAAAGACAUGUCGGUGAAAUCUCAAGACAUGUCGGUGAAAUCUCAAGACGUGUCGGUGAAUUAUGAAGACAUGUCGGUGAAAUCUCAAGACGUGUCGGUGAAUUAUCAAGACGUGUCGGUGAAUUAUCAAGACAUGUCGGUGAAAUCUCAAGACGUGUCGGUGAAAUCUCAAGACGUGUCGGUGAAUUAUCAAGACAUGUCGGUGAAAUUUCAAGACGUGUCGGUGAAUUAUGAAGACAUGUCGUUGAAAUCUCAAGACGUGUCGGUGAAUUAUGAAGACAUGUCGGUGAAAUCUCAAGACGUGUCGGUGAAUUAUGAAGACAUGUCGGUGAAAUCUCAAGACGUGUCGGUGAAUUAUCAAGACAUGUCGGUGAAAUCUCAAGACAUGUCUGACGAAAUGAACAUCGUGUACGCAACAACACUCGAUAGCGUACCAAAUAUAUUCAACAUGCUGUCACAAAACAGUCAGGACGUUCCAGAACUGGUCAAUAUCCUUUGUAAUGACGAAACACUUUCUGGGCUAUACAACGUCGUGCCUACGUCCCAAAAUCUCCCAGAAGCGUUAGACGUGGUAUCAACUACGUGCCAAGAAACUGCGGAUCUGCUUGACGUUAUGUCAUCGCAAGAGGCUCAGGAAAUACUGAACGUGGUAACUACAUCACACCAUAACACGGACAUGUACAAUAUUGUAUCUGAUCCUAACGACGUUUCUGAAAUCUACAUAGAGUCCGCGCCGUAUGAUGCAUACAAUACCCUACCACCAACUCAAACACCUGAAUUGUACCAACCUAUGUCAUCCACAUCUCAACUGGUUCCUGAUGCAUACACUGUGCUGUCUCAAGAUUUUUGCCAAGUUUCGAACCUCUCCUGCUCUAGAAUUGAUCCUCAAUCGAUACCGGUACCGACUUUGCUGGAAGUCCCUCCACUCAGAAGUAUUAAGACUAAAAAACGAACUACUUCCAGGCCAAAAGAUAAGCGUUCGAAGAAGAAUAAGUCUCCCGAUACCAAGGCUAAUUCGAAAGAUCGUGCUAAACCAGCCGAUCCCAUCGAUAUUAAAUUUUCUACUAAGCCAAGAAAAGCUAAGACUCAGCUCAUCGAAUUGCAUAACGGAAAGAAGCUGUUGAUUGUGAACAACUACCCAUAUUACUUCAGACAUGUAUUGAAAUCGUCUCCAUUGAAUCGUUGGUGUUGCAACAAGAAUUCCUGUAAUGCCUAUGUUCAUGCCACUAUCGAUAAUAAUACUGUUGUUGCCAUCGGAAGUGAGCGACACAAUCAUCUACCAUCUAAAUUCAAACAGCGAGAAGACGGAACAUAUAUAAAGGUUUAA